UGCCUAUGUGUGUAUUUUCUGUGCAUGAGUUUAAGUUUAGAUUGUUUUGCUCGUACUUUAAGUGAGCAUGUUUCCACAAAAUUUUCUGCCGCGGUUCCCGAGGUUCCUAUCCGAUCACCGGAAUUUCGGAAAUGGGACAAGUUGAAAUGGGGCAAAGUGGGGAUGGGACGAAGUGGUUAGGGGCGAUGUGGGGCGAAGUGACUGUAGGCCUAAACCGGCCUAGCCUAAGUAACUACCCUAACCUAAUCAUGCUAGUAGUUAUGGUAGCAACAGCCGACUCGGAAUAGUCUGUAUGCCUCUUUCCCUGUUCGAUCCUGAUAUUAUCUACGUUUUAAUACUAUGGAGGUGGAUCCUGAGGAGGAGGAACCGGAGGAGAUUGCAGAUUCUUACAGAGAGGAUGAGAGCAAAGAUGAUGAUGCCAUACAGAGAGAAUGCCUCAAGGCAUUCGCCAGCACCGACUACAUCAUGGAGUCGGGUGUCUUUAAAGAUCUGAAAAGGUACUUUCAGGCCGGGGGCACACCUGAACAGGUUGUCUUGUUGCUGUCUGAGAAUUAUACAGCUGUGGCACAGACUGUUAACCUGUUUGCAGAGUGGCUCAUCUUCACAGGCGUGAAUCCCACCGAGGUUCAACAGAUGGUGGAGGACCAUCUCAAAGCGCUCAUCAUCAAGCAUUUUGACCCCAAGAAGGCAGACUCCAUCUUCAGUGAAGAGGGAGGGACCCCAGCUUGGCUCGAGAUUAUGAUCCAGCAUCGCACCUGGCGGUCAUUGUUCUACAAAUUGGCAGAGGCGCACCCUGACUGUCUCAUGCUGAACUUCACAAUUAAGUUAAUCUCAGAUGCAGGGUACCAGGGAGAAAUUGGUAACGUGUCGACAGCUUGUCACGAGAUUGAGGUGUUCACCAAAGUGCUGCAGACAACCAUCAAUAAAUUACUGGAAGGCGGAGAAGAUGCAGUCAUCAAACAUUUGCCAGAGUUUAGCAAGAUGGUGUGUCAUGGUGAACACACUUACCUGUACGCUCAGAUGCUGAUGCACCUCCUAGCUAAGGACAAAGAUGGUGGAUCCAUCAUCCGGAGACUUUACCAGGAGGUACAGAAUGCUGGCAAGAACAAGGGUGAGGGAGUUACCCAGAUUAGCCUUGCACUAAGCUGUGCUGCCGCCUACCCUAAAGCCUGCCAAGCAUUGCUGUCGAUGAUCUGUAGAGAAGCACUCAACACUGCUGACAUUACUGUGUUGUUCAAGCUCUACAGUAACCCCGACCCACCGCCAGUGGAGCUGAUCCGAAUCCCUCAGCUCAUGGAGCUCUUCAAGCAGACCUUGUUUAAGCCAGGAGCCAACGUGAACCCCGAGCACAGGCACAAGCACACCUACCUGCUGGCCUAUGCAGCCAGCGUCCACGAGACCUUCAAGAAGGACAAGCGAGUCACCGUGAACAAGGACGAGCUGAAGGCCACCUCUCAGGCCAUCGAGAAGGUGCACAGCAUCUGCAGCUGCGACCAGAAAGUGGGCUCGGAGCUGACCGCUGAACUGACUGCGUUCUACCAGUGUAUCAGGUAUCCUGUUGUUGCCCUCGGUGUACUGUACUGGGUGGACAAGACAGUCCAAGAUCCCGCCUACUUUCAGCGCAUCACCGACCACACCCCUCUCCAUCUUAUUGUACUAGAUGAGGUUGUAAACUGUCAUCCACUGAUUCAUGGCAAAGUCCUGGACCUGCUCAUUAGACUGUUUGAAGACCCGUACCCACAGCUGGAUGUCCUAGUCCAGAUGGAACUGAAGAAAACCAUUUUGGACCGCAUGGUCCACCUUCUCAGCAAAGGCUUCGUUGUACCCGUGGUCCAGUACAUCGCCAAGUGUGUGGACGAGCUGGAUACGGACAUGUCCCUCAUCCGGCACUUUGUGACUGAGGUGCUGGACAUGAUUGCCCCACCGUACACCUCAGAGUUUGUGCAGCUGUUCCUGCCAAUCAUAGAGAACCAGGACAUCACGGGGACGUUGCGCAGUGAGGACGGCAAGGACCCAGUCUCCAACUUCAUUGUCCACUGUAAGACCAAUUUCAUCAUGAUGUCAUGAACCCACCAAUAGAGGGCAGCAGACAUGAGAGACAGCCCAAAGACACUAGGCUACAUUGAACAGAACCAGUUUCUGAACGAAAUGCAGUGCAGGUGGCAGUCCACAUCCUGCAUACCUUUCUGGCCGUUGGUCCUCAAAAACAGGGUCUUCGUCUUUGACUAACCAGGGUGCACUUCCAUCAAGGGACAGGUUCUUAUCUGUACAUCAUUGCGCAAGUCUUUAUUGAAAAAGAUAACCCUCUGGAAAAUGGAAUGGUGUUCCAAAAGUGCAGAGUCGCAGUUCACCUUUCGAAGCCAUGCCGUGAAAGGAACACCUAGAAUCCAACUCCCAGUGGCGUUCCAAGUGAAAGAGCCAUUGCAUUCAACACAGCGGAUGUGGUGGGGAAAGAUUCAACUCUGGGGCAUAUCUACCAAUUCCGUGCGUGGAUUCCACUUGAACGCAAUUCCCUAUCUUCACAUGUUACGACAUCUGUGGACCUGCUCGUAGUUUGAGUUUUGACCCCUUCCUAGAGUGUCCUGCUAUUUCGCAGAAGUUGCUUUAGCCUGUAUAAAAAUCUUUGAUAGCUCAUUGACCAUUCCUAGCUGUACAAGUGAGUGGUUCCCAUUCCCUUCAUAGGAAUGUGCAGAGGGAACCACUUUCUACCACUUCUGUCAUUAAAAAAAAAGAUUACAAAUCUUUUGUUCAUGGAGUGGGAAUACAGAGAACAGCGACUUUAAUUCCAACAGCUCGUGUUCCAUCCUUUUUUUAAACUCCGAAAUCAAUGAUUGGCACUUUCGAAUGGCAUUGUGCAUUGUGUAUGUUCUUUUCUCGUGAUUUUGUUUCAGCAUCUUGUAGAACCUCUGGCGAAGUAACAAAGCCAGACAGAGAUCUGGGCACUGUCCCCCAUCCCCUUUCUGACUCCUGGUCAACACCCUCUCAUGACCCCAGCAUAUUGUUCUUCUCAAGGCCUUGCCUUGCUUUCUUCCAUUGUGCUUCUCUCCAUGAGUGCACUAGAAUCACUUGCAAUCAACUCUGUUUCAGAGCCUACAAAAAAGCAUCCUUCUUUUCAGCCCAAUCCCUCCACCCCCCACCCCACGUAGCAGUAUGGCAUCACUGAGCACAGCUUUUCCUACAAGUCAGUGACUCUUCCAGGAAUACCGGCAGUCGCAGGUCAAAUGAGGUCGCAGGUUUUUCCCAGCUUGGGAGAUUUUGGACAACGCAGUUUAAUUGACUGGGAAUCCUGGCCAGCGGCCAAAGCUGGCUUGUGGAUCUCAGUUUUGCCAGAUGGGGGCAGAAGGUUUCCUAAAAUCCCCACAACUUGCCAUCCAAGUAAUUACAUAAUUUGAUUCAGCACUGGGUAUUAACACAGCACUGGAAUGAUGCACGAGCUUUCUCCGUGGGUAGCCAGACAAUAUGGUGGCUCUUCUUUGCCAAUUUGGGGAUUUUAUGCAAAUCUCUAGAAACGGCAGGCGUGGCUUUCUUUUGUAGUUGUAGUUUGGCCAGUAUUACUAGUAAAGCACAUCGCCCAGGGAUUAUUGAAGUUGGUUCUGAAAGUUAACCUGAAAUUUCAGGGAAAGUUAACAUGCAUGAAUAGGGUACGUACGAAUUUGUCACUUAAAAAUUUAAGACGCCUUGAAUCACACUUGUAUCACUGCUGACCACUGUUAAAGCAAUAAUACACUGGCAACUGGCAAUCUCCACCAUGUACCCAUUGAGUAUUAACGGCAGAUUUGGUUGCUAUGCAUGACAUGUAAUUAUUAUCCAUGAGUGGUGACAUGGGUCACUAGUUUGUCUUACUUCAAGGGUGAAUUUGUUAAUGUCACAGUGGUCAGUGUACCCAGUACAGUGGGAUGCACAGACUGCAAAAAAGAAAGCAUUGGUCAUCUUGAUGUUUCCCAUGAGUCGUCUUGUAGGCCCUACAAGAAAAUGAGAUACUUCAAAGAGCUGAAAACAAGCCAGCUUUAAUUUUCUCAUCACAUCACAGGGAAGGUGGCUACCCCAAAUAUAUGCAUUUAAUUGCCAUUGAAGCCUGAUGCAUCAUUUUCCUUCCCCUAUUUCAUAUCAUGGAGGAAGGGUCAUAUACAGACACAAGCAUUGCUAGUGUGGAUUGUCAUUAGCUUCACGGGACCAUCACUUUUACCACGGUAAUUGUUGGCUUGUAAAUAAAGAUCAUUUUCCGCCUGGAA